AUGUUCAGCCAGGAGUUCAUCCUCGUCUGCGCUGGACGCUCUUGCUCCGAGAGAUAUAUGGACCUCGAAGUGCUCUCUCACUCUGUCACCGACGAUCCCAGCCAGCACAUUCCAUGUGAGGCCGUGUCCCUUCACGCCAUAAUCCAUGUCGAGGUCGCUCAUGCACUCGGCGUCUCCGCAAGCCUUGCUGGCGCAGCUAUACACGUCGAGGAAUGCGUGGCACAUCUCGUGCAGCAGCGUGCCGGUAAUAUGGGCUGCAAGCGAAGUGCAGCCAUUAUUAACCACCGGAUAUGGAUCAAUCUCGAUCAUCACUUGAUGUCCCCACCCGCUCGUUCUUCCACAUACAGAUCCUGGCCCAAGUGGGCUCUCGGCCUCAUCGCCUGUGCUGUCGUCACCGGACGAUGGGCUGGCGGAGUCUGCAUUGUCGCUCAGUCGCAGAAGAUGUGUCGAAUGGAAGCGGUAUCGAUCGUGGAAGCGUGGAAGCGUAUCUGUCUGCGAGCUGAGCGUGAGGAAGAAGUGAUGCUGUGCGGCAAAUGCCACUCUAUACCCAAGCUCACCACGACCGUUGAGCCUGCAUAUUCGGCCUCUACCGUGGCAAGAGCAGCAGCUCAGGCUCCAUCGUCUGGCCCAGAACUCCUCACGAUAUCGAAGCUCAUUGGAACAUGUACGGCACGGUGA